AUGGGGGAUUUCAACGAUGUCAGAUGUGCUAGUGAACGGAUGAAUUCUGAAUUUAUUGAAGCCAAUGCCGAGGCCUUUAAUCAAUUUAUUCUCUCGGCUGGUCUUGUGGAGUAUAACAUGGGCGGGGGUAAUUUCACUUACAUUUCUGACAAUGGUAGAAAACUCAGCAAGCUGAAUCCUUUCUUUGUCUGUUUGGGCUUCAAGGAGCAGUGGCCAAAUGCUUCGGUGACUGCUCUUGACCGUAUUGCAUCUGAUCACCGGCCUAUUGUGCUUUCUACGGUCCAAUCAGAUUUUGGUCAUAUCCGCUUUAGGUUCUUCAACUCGUGGUUUGAGUAUCCCAGUUUUAUGGAAUACAUGCUUCAAAAGUGUGCCGUGUUUUCCUUUUCGGGGCCGGACGACCUUGCAUUAGCAAUCAAGUUACGGUGGCUAAAGGAUAAAAUCAAUGCAUGGUUAAAGGUGGAAAAGAUGAGCAGGGAGGGGAUUUAUGAAGAUAAAAAGAGGAGGCUAGCGUGUAUAGAAAAUAUGGCAGAGGAAAGAAUGCUAAUGGAAGUGGAAUUGGCUGAAAGAGCGGAUUGCAAGAAUGUUGUUGCUGAAUUCGAUAGGAUUAAACAACUGGAUUUGCGUCAAAAGUCGAGAUCUAGGUGGGCCAUUGAUGGGGAUGAGAAUUCAGUGUUUUUUCAUCAUAUCAUUAAUUCGAAUAUUAGCUCGAACAGGUUGAAUGGGCUACUGAUAGAUGGUGUUUGGGUUACUAAUCCUGUCUCUGUCAAGGAAUCUCUAUACGAGUUCUUCUUGAAGCAAUUUUCGGAACCAAUGCCCAAUAGGCCAGAGUUAAUUUGCACAAAUCUGUCCAAAAUCUCGGUGUCCGAAGCAUCUAUGUUAGAGCAGCCGUUUUCUGUGGAGGAAAUUAAAGAUGCAGUCUGGGAAUGCGAUGGGGAUCGAGCUCCGGGCCCAGACGGUUUCAACUUUAAGUUUAUUAAAAAAUGUUGGUCUGGCCUCCAAGUUGAUAUCGUCAAAAUGUUCAAUACGUUCUUCGAGGAGGGCUCACUUAAUAAGAGCUGUACAUCCUCUUUCAUUGCGUUAAUCCCGAAAGUUAAAGACCCGUCUAGCCCUGUGGAUUUUAGGCCUAUUAGCUUGAUAGGUGUGAUUAAUAAAAUAAUAUCGAAAGUAUUGGUGAAUCGACUUAAACGUGUGCUGGGCAAAUUAAUUUCGGAGCACCAAUCGGCUUUUUUUACUGGUAGGAACAUUAUGGAUGGUCCCUUAGUGCUGAAUGAAGUGUUUGGUUGGCUGAAAAAAUAG